UGUACUAGGCUUGGAUUUACGCCUCGGGGAAUAUUCUGUCCAUCGGAAUCCGCGUUUGAAAUCGUCGCUUUUUCAUUCAAUAGAAUUGAAUUCCUUAAGUAUGCUUUGAUGAAAAAUUAUGAAAUUUUUUUCCAAAUUGCUUACGAAGUUAUGGAAUGUCCUAGAACCUUUGUAGGUGACCCCAUAAGCUUAAAAAUACGUAAUUUGAGCCCACUGCUUCAUUGGUUCCGAGGUGGGCCCACUAUUUCCAAUUUUACCCUUUAUGUGUCUAUGACUUGUCUUCGAGCGUUUUCGUUAGAGAUACUCUAACUACUCCUUUAUCUACUAAAUAAAAAUUAUUUUAAAUAUUUCAUUAAGUCUUAUAAAUUGUUUUGAAUCUUGAAAACGAUCUCGGAUAGAUUAUGCCUCCGUAACCCGUUAUGACAUCUAAAUUUACUUACUAUGUUUCCGUCCGAUUUCAUUGAUUUGAUUUGACAUUCGAUAUGCCUCAUUGAGUCUCUGGAAAUAUAUAUAUGGUAUUUUUAGUGCAUUUAGUUUCUCACUACUCCGUUCGUGGAUGCCUCAAUGUUUCCCCCACUGAGCCCGGGCCAGGAUAUGUUGUCAAGCGUGAUCCUUUGCAUUGUUCGCCGUGCCUCGAUGUGAGGGGGCAGGUAUACGCGUACAUGGGUUUGUGGAGUAUGUUGUGCCAUGUACGCUUGUUCUGAUAUGAUUUGCUAUGGCCAUCUGAUAUGACAUAUUAUGUUACGGGGUUAUGCCCCUGUUCUGAUUCUUCUGUGUUGUGGCACCAGCGUCGGGAGGGUGGCCACGUUCUGUCUGCCGAGUCCCUUGGCAGGGGCCGGAUUUGAUGUGACAUAUGUUUCUGUACACACUCUGCAUGUUUUGAAAAUAUAUAUCUGAUACUUUGGGUUUUCUAUUUACUUUCUGUACGUUCUGUACCAGUUAUGAUUUUGUUUCUGUAAUUCAGGCUUUGCAUAUUCAGUACAUAUUUCGUACUGACCCCCUUUCUUCGGGGGCUGCGUUUUCAUGCCGCGCAGGUACCGACGACAGGUUUGCUGAUCCGUCCGCUUAGGAUCUUAUUCUCCUAUUUUGGAGCGCUCUCUUAUCCAGAGCCCAUCUUUUGUGAUGCCUCCGAAAAAGGCGACGGCUGCCCAGAAGAAAAAGGGCGUGGUAGGAGAGACCAGCCGGGCUCAGAAGGGUACUCGGACCCUUGCUCAGAUGAUGCGUGAUAUUGCGUCCCGGCCAGCAGACUCUGCUACGUCUUCAUCAUCAGAGGAGUCUGGGGCAGCUCCACCAGUAGCUCCAGAGGUUCCAGUACCUGAGCCUCCAGCUCCACAGCCAGGGGCGGAGGAUCGGGCUAUGAGAGAUGCGGUCCAGUUGUUGACCAGACUGGUAGCAGGGCAGGUUCAUAGGCACGGACUUGGGGAUGGUCGUGCAGACAGACGUGACAGUUCGAGAGCUCGUGAGUUCCUGACCUGUAAUCCUCCAGAGUUCUUCGGGACAAAGCCCGAGGAGGAUCCUGAGGAGUUUAUCAGGAAGAUGCGGCGCACUUUGCAUUUGAUUAAUGCUUCCACGACAGAGUCAGUCACGUUAGCUUCGUACCGGUUGUAUGAUAUAGCGGCUAAUUGGUACGAGUCAUGGGAGUUAUCCAGAGGUGACGGCGCUCCCCCAGCAGUUUGGGAUGAUUUUUCUCAGGCCUUUCUUAGCCAUUUUCUGCCUCCGGAGUUACGGCGGGCCAGGGCUGACAGAUUCUUAUUGCUGAGACAGAGGGGUUGCAGUGUUCGAGAGUACAGUAUGGAGUUCGACUCAUUGGCCCGAUAUGCACCUGCUGUGGUAGCUACUAUGGCUGACAGGAUGCACAGGUAUAUUAUGGGGCUGGACCGUUAUUUUGUCGACAGUUGCUUGGUAUUGGCCGCUCAGCCCGAUAUGGAUAUUGCCCGGAUUCAGGCGCACGCUCAGGGCAUGGAGGACCGGCACAGGGGUCAUCAGCCCGAUAGGAGUCAGGAUCGGAGACAGCCCAAGAGGGCCAGAUCAUCUGGGUAUUUUGAGGAAUUUCGGAGUGGGCAGCCUCAGCAGCAGCAGCAGUCUAGUAGGCAUUCUUCCCAGCCGGCACAGAGCACACCUCCGCAGUUCUCAGGCAGGAGAUUUGAUAGCCCAGGGUAUUUAGGAGCAGGCCAGAGCUCCGGGGUUUCAGGUUCGCGGGUAGACAGGAGUUCCGGUCAGACGAGGCCACCCAGGCCUCAGUGUUCUUAUUGUGGGAGAUACCACCCUGGAGAGUGCUACCGUGCUACAGGUGCUUGUUAUUCUUGUGGCCGUCAGGGCCAUACUGUGAGAGAGUGUCCGUAUAAGGGUAAUUUGGGAGGUGCAGCGCAGCCUACCGGAUCAGUCGCUGGGUCAUCGUCUCCUUCGAUAGCCAUGCGCCCUGCGGGGCAGGGUACGUCGACAUCAGCAGGCCGCGGCAGAGGUAGUGGCGGGGCUCCCAGUUCAAGCGGUCCUUCGAACCGCAUCUAUGCCUUGACUAGUCGACAGGACCCGGAGGCGCUACCAAACGCGGAUACAGGUACCGACGACAGGUUUGCUGAUCCGUCCGCUUAGGAUCUUAUUCUCCUAUUUUGGAGCGCUCUCUUAUCCAGAGCCCAUCUUUUGGUAUAGUCUGUCACUACUGUAUAUAUAUAUUCUCGUUCAUGGGUACGGCGGGGCCCUGUCCCGUCAUAUGAUUCUGUCGGUCUGUUUAGAGGUCUGUGGACAUGUUUGUGGGUUGGGGUCUUUCUGUACAGUUGCGUGUGUAUGUUGUGUUUGGGCGAUCUCAUUCGCCGCGGCGGCCGGUCCGCAUAUGUUUAAAUGUUGCUUCGUUGGCCCGGUGUGGUCUUUUGUUGGUAUUUUCUGUGCGCAGGGUUAUUUUGGAUAGCCUGUAAAACAAAGGAAA